AUGACUUCUAGCUCCAAGACCCUCCUGGCGUCCUCCCUGAUGGCCGUGCUGCUGUGCCUCCUGUGCAGCGCCAGCCAGGUGCGCCACUGCUGCCGGGACGGGGGGGACGGGACCUGCCCCUGCCGCCUCUACGAUGUGCUGCGAGGGAGGGGUGACCACGCUGCCGGGAUCCUCACGCUGGGCAAGCGCCAGAAGCCCGAGCGUCACGUCCAGAGCCGCCUCUACCAGCUGCUGCAGGGGUCCCGGGACCACACUGCAGGCAUUCUCACCGUGGGCAGGAGGGCGGGGCCCGGAGGCGGCGGCUCGCCCGGCAGCGCGCUGCCGUUGUAG